AAAAAAAGCCUGACAGUUUGUCAAAUCCUCUAAUGGUCGACGGACUGUGAUAUGCUUUUUGUAGAUAGAAUUUCAUAAUUCUUCGUUUUUAUACUCGAAAUAAACGUUCACAUUGAGAGAUACACGAGAAUUUCACAAAUUAAAACUUAAAAAUCGCGCUAAGCACCAUGAGGAGCCGAUAAAAUCGAGUUAAAAUUUGCACGUAGCGAUAGGAAGAGCUCGAGCACUAUAGUUUUAACGUUUUAUAACUUUUUCAUGUUAAAACUGUUGAUAUUGUGGUUUGAGUAGUGAAGAUUGAAGAUGACUACGUCUUCUGAGGACGUUUUGCUCAGCGUGAGCUACGUGAGGUACAAGAAGGGUGAUGGGACUUUGUAUGUUAUGAACCAAAGGUUAGCUUGGAUGUUGGAAAACAGAGACACAGUCGCUGUAUCACAUAAAUAUGCUGAUAUUAAGACACAAAAAAUAUCCCCAGCAGGCAAACCAAAGGUGCAGCUGCAAGUGGUGUUACACGAUGGUACGUGUUCCACAUUCCACUUCGUCAAUCCUGCUGGGGCGGAGGCCCAGGCCAAAGACCGGGAUCAGGUUAAAAUGUUGCUGCAGAACUUACUACCAAAGUUUAAGAGACAAAUCGAUGGGGAGCUCGAAAUGAAGUCUAGAUUGUUAUCCCUACACCCUACUUUAAAGCAUUUAUAUGAAGACUUGGUGAUAUCGAAGGUGAUCAAUAGUGAAGAGUACUGGAAUACGCCCACACUCAAAACUUAUACCGAAUCUAAUAAUAUUAAGCAGGAGGCUGGUGUAUCCGGAGCAUUUUUAGCGGAUAUCCAGCCACAAACGGACGGCUGUAACGGCCUCAAAUAUAACCUCACGCAAGAUAUAAUAGACGCCAUAUUUAAAACUUAUCCCGCUGUCAGAAAGAAACACAUUGAUUAUGUACCCAACAAGAUGACUGAAGCUGAGUUUUGGACCAAGUUUUUUCAGUCUCAUUAUUUUCAUAGAGACCGUAUCGCCUCAUCGUCUAGCAAAGAUUUGUUCGGAGAAUGUGCCAAAAUGGAUGACCAAGCCAUUGCAUCAGCUAUGAAACACACUACUUUAGAUCUCACUGUGGACCUACCACAAUUCACGGAAAACAUACCUCUUUUACCGACGGAAGACGACGCGCCGCCAGAGAAGGACAGAGGGGAUAACACCUCCAUACACAGGAACAUGAUCAAGCGGUUCAACCAACACUCUAUUAUGGUGCUCAAAGCUAGUCAUAAAACAAAUUCUAGUAAUAAUAAUAAUAACAGUAGUAGUAAAACGACGAAUAACAACAAAGUUGUUGAGAAUGGCGUCAAGGAAUCGAAUGGAGUAGCAGAGAAGAGAACGGCAGAUAGUAAUACAGAAGCUCCUGAUAAGAAGAAGAGAAUAUUAGAGAAGAUACAUUAUGAAGAUCUAGAAGAUAGAAAGGGGAAUGAGGAUACGCAGGAAUUGAAAUUGUCAAAGGUGGAACGAUAUCUUCUUGGUCCAUCGUCUCAGACACAUCAAACACACACGCAUACAAAUAAUCCACCACCUUUAUCUGCGCUCGCGUCGAUAUGUCAAGCGUGGUCGAGCGGGCAGCAAUGCCAGCGGCCGGUGCGGGUGAGCGCGGGUGCCUGCGUGGGUGCUCUGGGCGAGCUCAGCCCCGGCGGCGCCCUCAUGCGCCACCACCACGCCGCCUCCAUGGCACAAUUAAUACCACCCGACGUGAAAUCCGAACUCCAUCGCAUCUACCUCUCCGGUGGGGAGUUGCUACGGGAACUAUGGCGGUGUUUCCCGCAGCCCGGGGCGGCGACCGACACGGAAGAUACCACGGCCAGAGCAGAGAAGUUUUAUGAAGCCCUGUUAAGAUUUAGGAAUGUUAAGUUGAGGCCUUUUGAGGAAAAAAUGCUCCGAGAUUUAACACCUUUAGCCACAACGUUAACACGACAUAUGAAUCAAAUGAUAGACACUGCCUGCGCGAAAUACGCGGUUUGGCAACAACGCCAGGCCAAACUGCGGUAGUAGUAAGUUUGUAGUUUUCGUUGUACCUUCAGCAGAAAAAAAUAAAUAAAAAAUGGUAAAAAACGUUGUUGGUAAGGCUUGUUGAAAGGUAAGUUUCGUUGACCAUAUAUUUUCUUUGGACUUUUAAAGGUAUUUUUAUGACAUUCGUUUUUUUUAUUGGUAUGAUAAAUAUGUCAUUUGUGGUCUUAUGAUAGCGUUGGGUUAAAAUUUUGAAAAAAUAUUUCUUUACACGACGACAGAUUUUUCUCUGUGAUUCUAAAAACAAUAUCAUAAUUUCAUAGUUAGUGGAUUCAUAUCUAAAUGUAUUAAAAAAAUUGUCAUAAAAUAUAGGCUUUUAGCCACUGCGGUUUGACUGAUAUAGCCUUUCAAAACAAGCUAUUAGAAUAAGUGGUUCAAUAUUAGCAUCAUCUAUACUCAUUGCAUUUCAAUAAAAAAUAUUCUAAAGACUCGAAUACACGCUUUAUUACAAUUUUAAAGAGCAAUAGAUAGAUAAAAAUGUAACGAAAAGCUUCUAGACGGGUUCUGUGAUAGAUAGAUAAACACAUUUAUGCCAUAUACUUGCAAAAUAAAUGGUCUUACUACAAAAACUUAAACAUGUGUCAAACACUUGUCUAAAAAAAGUGUGGCUGCAAAAUGGUCCUUAUUUCAACGUCAUAAUCUGUCAUUUUUUUAGACAAUUGUUAAACUGACGUUUAAAAGUUUUUGUGGUAAGACUGAAAAUGUCUUAUAAAAAAAUAAAAACUUUUUCUGCUGAUGGUACUUUUUUGUUUUUGUAAUAAAUGCGACCAAAUUGUCAAAUUGUCGUUUUUAGGUAAGUUAGUGAUGUGACGAGAGACUAAAUGCAUAAUAGUCCUAUUUAUUUUGUAAUCCAUUGCGUGUUUUGCACUGAAGUUUAUUUUUCUAUGAGCUUUGAAACUGUCGAUAGGUAUGGACUAGUGUUGUGAUAGAUAUCUUUUGAAGAUACAGAAUAGAAACACAAUGUAUUGAACUGUGGAAGUCUGAGAGCAUAAUAAUUGGAAUUUAAAGAGUUUUUUAUUAGUUCCAACUUUUAUGGGAUAGAGAGCUUUUUGUUUUAUAGGCAAAAAGAAAAAUAAUAAAAAAUUACGCACAAAAUUAAAUAUGAUCUGAUGCUCUAAUCUCACGAUAAAAAUCAGAAAAGAAAACAUGAAAUGGAUAACUUUAAUAAAACCACUCCCUAGAACCAAAACUGCCCUUGUAAAUAGAAAAAAAAAAAACAGAAAUAAGACUGACUACUCAACCAGUUCCCUAAACAAUUUAUUUAAAACUUUCUCGUCACAUCUUAACAUUUAAUUUGGCAUAUAAACAAUUGUACAUACGCCUGUCUUAUGUAUAAAAAAAUAAUCUGUGAAUACCUAAUAUCAUUUAGUUAAUGUAAAAUUGGGCCCAUGGACGCGGAGACAGUUGGUCGAAAAAAUCGCAAAGUCGACUAUUUGUCGCACUUAUUGGAUGUUAGUCUGACGCUUUUGAUAGCUUCCUUAGUAAUUUGUUGAGAUAUUAGUAUCUUCAUUUUAUGGGAUAUAUUUUAAAAGUGUGAAAAAGUGAGAAUGAAAGAAUGUAGUACCUAGGUACUUAUAAUUGUGUGUUCAUUUCCACCAUACUUGUUCAUUGAUUUUUAAAAUCUUUUCAGUAUGUUACAAUGCUUUUUCAAAUUCCUUAUUCUACUUUUAAUUCUAAUGUUGCCAUAGAAAAUAUACUUUAUAGCGUUUAUAUCAUUUAGUGCUUCCAAAAUACUCUGCGACUCUAGUACAAAUGAUAAAUAAGUAAAGAUUCUUUCCAAUCGUCUAAUCGUCCGUGAAUGGCCCGCCUUAGAUUACGUAAUAAAAAAUAUAAUUUAAAAUGGAAAUAAAUGCAUUUUAAUGAACCAAAUCUAACUGAAUGAAUAGUACUAAUUUAUUAUAUUUUUCACUGCAUAUCAAAGUUAUUGCGCAUUGAUUCAAUAAUGUAAUAUUCACUUUAAAAAACUGCAUCAAUAUUGAUUGUUUUAAAUGUAAAUUUGCAAAAAUAUUAUGUGCCAAGUAUGAGAUUUUUUAAAACAAAAUACAUUCAACUUGUGUUUUUUUAAUAAUUUGGGAAAUAACUUAAAUAAAAAUGGGUAAAACCGGUGGAAAAAAAUACUAUUUUGAAUAUGUUUAAACAAUUUGGUGCAGUUUUAACUAUCACUGUAGUGUUCACGCAAUUAAAUUGUUAGCAGUUGACUUUCAGGCGAUAUUAAAAAAAUACUCAAAAAAGUAAAACACUAAAAGCCAUCUCUAUACUCAAUAUAGAAUUAUGGGUUUAUUUCUUAAACGCAUUCAUAUUAUGUUGAUCUUCAAUUUGAAACUGAUAAAAAUAUUCAGACAAUAUCUAAAUAAAAACUUCCAAGGGGUAUUGGGUUGCUCGGGUAACUGGGUUGAGGAGGUCAAAUAUGGCAGUCGCUCCUUGUAAAGCACUGGUACCUACCAGCUACGUCCGGUUGGACUGGAAGCCGACCCCAACAUAGUUGGGAAAAAAGGCUCGGAGAAUGAUGAUCUAAAUAAAAACUUCUUACUGAAAGUCGACUGCUUAAUAACAAUAAUCAAAUAAUAUCGACAUUCUAAUACUCUAUUGUUCCAAUACUGAACAUAAACUGAUGUAAUUUCUAAUAAUGAUUGGCGACAAUAAAUCGCAUUAUGUAGUAUAAGUUGGAAAAGUCCAAAUUUAUCUCGUUACCAUACAUAUUGGCUAAAUUUAUUAUUUUUCUUGUAAACAAUGGCUGAUGUUAGUUAGUUUUGUACGAAUUUAAAUACUUUUUGAAUGUGGUAACACCAAAUUAGCGAAUUUUUGUCUCUUGCUCUGCAUCUGAACGACGAAUAGUUGGUACAGCAAACAUAAUUAUUAUUUCAAUAAUAAUAUCUACGAUCUUUUUAAAUUUUGUUGGUCGGAAAUUAUUGCUAACAAAUGCCAUUGUGAACAAGAGGUUUUUAGGUUAUGAAAAAACGAAAAUUUUGAUAUUUUUAAGCAUUAAUGUUAACGUUGGUGUUUCUUUCACCUUUUUAUUACAAUUGUUUGUUUUAUCUUUAUUGUUUUAAAACGUUAAGACACAAAAUAGAAUGUGACACAGGGAUAGUGUUGUGACGUCUUUGUGCUAUAUCGAUACAUUUAAUAGUUUUUUUUUUGUGUUGUAGUAUUUAUUUAUUUUCAACUGUAUUUCCAUUCUCUCACUACUAUCAUCUGUUAGCAAUAAUAUUUAUUAUAGUUUUAUGUAAAAAUAUCUUCAGUUUUAAUUUGCUAGUGUUGCUUCUAUUUUGUGUCACAUUGUAAAUUACUAUCGAAAUUAUGUUUAUUCAGUUUGAAGUUAUUCAAAGCUAUUUUUUAGAUCUCUCUAAGAUAUUCGCACCCGUUUACUACCAAUACUCCAUAUAGUAUUUUUUAUACUAGUGUUACGAUCAUUUGUCAAUAAUAUCAUUAUUCGCUUACCUUAAGUUUUGAUAAUAAACGGGUGCCCAAUAAAUAUGUUCCUGAAGCAAUAUUUGUAAUAAUCUGAUCGUUUAGUUUAUUUUUUAAUAAAUAUUUCAUUUCGUGAUACGUAAAAAAUAUUUUUAGAAUUCUUAGGGUGAUAGUGUACAAUAUUUUAAAAUAAGAUGUUUACACACCAUUUAUCCCUUAUUUAGUCCUAAUAUAAGGAUUUUACUCAGAAAUUCCGUAUAAAAGACCAGUUUACAGUGGUAUUUAUCGACUGGCCACCGACCCUUGCAAGAUUAUGAAAACGCUGGUCAGAUUAUGAUAGUCUUAUGAAAGUUUACUGUUAUUUUUAUCUAUUUUUCUUAUGCUUUCCCAAAUUGGAUACUAUCGAUAAAAUAUUGUACACCAUUUACCUAUAGUAUCAUCAUUCAAAUAAAAAUAGGAAUGCGUGCUUAUCGAUGUAAACGCACCUCUGAAUAGUUUGUUUUAAAUAAAUAUUGUUCUUUUGUCUACUAGUUCGUCAGUUUAAUUUAGAUACAAAGAUAUGAUUCGGUA